UUACUCCAGGCGCUGUAGACGUGAUGCACGGUAACCAUCACAUGACUUUAGUCAGCUGAUUUACAGGGACGUACUCGCUUCAGCACAGCGGAAGAGAUGCAGUGCAGUUGAUAGACAAAAUAGUUAGCUAGCUAGUUCGUGGAAACAUCCAAACAUGUUGCUCUCAAAUAUUCUGACAACAGUUUUUGCCAUUACUACUGUAUUUGGCCUGGUCUACUGUCACGAUUUUGAGGAGAACAUAAAUCAAGAUGUAGAACCCAAAACUCCUUCACACGGGUUUGGUCUAACCGAAUCGGGAAAUUCGACGAAUUCCACGGAGCUGACUUAUGGUUUUGUUUCGUGCAUCAUAUCUGUUGUACUGUAUGGGAGCAACUUCGUUCCUCUAAAGAAGAUUGACACUGGUGAUGGGAUGUUUUUCCAGUGGGUCCUUUGUGCUGCUAUAUGGACCGUGUCAUUAGUGGCCAACAUAAUUCUAAACUCUCCCAAGUUUUGGCCACUGGCGAUGUUGGGCGGUGUCAUAUGGGCAACAGGUAAUAUUACGGUUGUGCCCAUACUGAAAACCAUUGGCCUCGGACUCGGACUUCUAAUUUGGGCUUCUUUUAAUCUACUAAUGGGUUGGGCGAGUUCAAGGUUUGGUUGGUUUGGGAUAGACCCUGAGGAGGUUGCACAGCCAGUGUUGAACUACAUAGGCGCAGGACUAUGUUUACUAAGUGCCAUCAUAUUUUUCUUUGUGAAAAGUGAUGUCCAGAGAUCUCCGUCUGCAGAAGAGACUCCUUUACUAAUCGACAGUAGAAUUAAUUCCGAAGGUCUGACUUCCUCUGAUGACUCAUGGAUAGACACACUAAAUCCAAGAUCUAAGCGUAUCAUAGGCUCAGUCCUUGCUGCCUGUGCGGGGCUGCUGUACGGCUCCAACUUUGUGCCUGUGAUCUACAUUAAAAACCACGCCGCCAGAAACGACUCCAGGUUUGCCGGGGCAAGUCAGUUUGAUCUGGACUACGUCUUUUCCCAGUUCAGUGGAAUCUUCCUCACCAGCACUGUUUAUUUUCUUAUUUACUGCGCUGUCAUGAAGAACAGGCCUAAAGUUUACUCCAAAGCAAUUCUGCCAGGUUUCGUUUCAGGUGUAAUGUGGGCAAUAGCAACCUGCUGCUGGUUUGUGGCGAAUACCUACCUGAGUGCAGUGGUCAGCUUCCCCAUCAUUACUGCUGGCCCUGGCCUAAUUGCUGCUAUCUGGGGAUUCCUGGUUUUCAGGGAGGUUAAAGGUUUACGAAAUUACAUUAUCCUGGUGCUGGCUUUCUGCAUUGUCGUUGCCGGAGCGAUCCUGACCGCGUUCUCCAAGGUGUAAUAAGCCACAUGAGUCCUUUGGCCACAAGCUCAACUCUCACCACUGGUCCACAAGUAUCGAGUUUAUAUACCAACAUAAAUAUGCAGGUUUCACAAAGCUCACUGUCGUGAAAUAUUGCUCAACAGACACAAAUCUUUCUUUGUAACAGCCAAAUACAUGUUUUUAAUAAUUAAUCAUUUUUGUAUUUUUAUUUUUACUGUUUUAUAUACGUAUAUGUAAGAUCCCUCAGGAUCCCUUUCAGUGUGUUUACAAAAAUAUGGUGCUUAACUGUAUUCAUGGAUUAGUGAAGGAAACCCUGUUAAAAUUUUGCUUUAUUGGGUGUCGGGUGUGUCUGGUUGAAUGAAAUAGACUGUUAUACUCACACUUCUUCUGUUUCUUGUUCUGUUCCCUCCUGACUCACAUUCACCAGGAAAUUAGGGUGUCGGCCAGUGACAUGAAUCCGAAACGAUGGUCUCUGAAUAUGCUACGCUAAUAAUGUCAGAGUCUGCCGCUAUCAGGCUCGCCAUCUUGGCCUGUGGUAAUCUGAAAUACUGAUUAGUGUGGCAGUCCCUGUUCAGCUGUGAGAGUGAAGCGGCUUUGCUCCAGAGAGAUAAGGUGCUGGAGCUAGCGGCCCAUUCUUCACAACAGUAACUGUUGUUCUUGCGUCAACAAAGGCUUUCUCUUGGAUUUAAUUAGGUCUGAUGAAAUGUGAAGGUUGGCCUUGUUGUCGUGUCUACCCGUACAUUUUCCAAAAUCAUUUGCCAUUUUGUGUGUGUGUGGCUGAGGUAGCCAGGCUUCAAUCUACACACGCUACGUUCUUAUAAAGGUAGUAUGCAAAACAAUACUGUGGAAAAAGAUCCAGGGUCCUUUGAAAAAAAAAAAGCUUUGCUGGUAAGAAGAUAACUGCCUUAAUUUAUCCAAAAACUGAAGCCAAUUAACUUCUGAUAUUGACUUUGGUAAAUAGAAUAAAUUGCAAUACAUUUUAAAUAGUUUUUCCUUUUUGGUACAGUUGGCUCUCUUAUUGGCACCCUUGAUAAAAUGAAGAAAAAAGGCUGCAUAUAAUAACGCAGAUAAUAAUCUAGAUGUUAUGUUCCAAUAUAUAGGAAAACUACUUUUAUUUCAAUAUAUUUACUUUCAUGUUUCAGUGUUUUUUAUUCAGUAAUCUAAUUAUUUCUGAAGAGCAUAGAAACGAAAAUGAUUGGCACCCCUACAAUUGACUUUAAGGUAAUUUAUAUUGGCAUAGCAUUUUACUUAAUUUAGUUAAUCUCAUCUAAAGUAAUUCUGUUAUGCCAUUCCAUUACUUCUGGUUUCACUAGAGUAUAACAAUGAGGCAUGCAAAAUCCCUCACCAUGAUAAUUGAUCAGAAGUCAAAGAAAUGGAAAAAUGGUUAAACGCAUCUUGCUGAAACUUUGUCUUGUG